AGGGAAAGCCUGCAAAUCACUUCUAUUUUAGCAAGGAGAAAACAGAAUCUCCAUCCAGCAGGGUCCACUCCUCUCUCUUUCUCCCUCUCCUCUCUCUCUUUCUCUCUCUCUCUGUCUUUCCCUCCCCCCCUUCCUCUUUCCCUCUCUCCCCCCUUCCCCCCACCCCACUCUCCCUCUCUGGUGUAUCUGUCUACGGCAACCAGCGUCCUCCUCAUCUAUACGCACUGAAAGGAAAGAAACAUCUUUGGUUGGGAGAGAAGGAGGAAAAAAAAAAAAAAAAAAGAGAGAGGAAAAAACUUGCCUGGUUGUGGAAAAUGACACUUGAAGUAGCAAAGCCGGCAGCGCGAGUUGAGUCUAUUGUUUCUUAAAUUGCCAUCAGGGCUUUUUUUUUUCUUCCUGCUUCUUCAAGUGAAGGGUACCUCUACAAAAGGAAACUCCAGCCCCUCCUGUCCUCCACCGGCCUGUGAUCAUUACAAAAAAAAAAAAAAAAAAAAAAAAAAAAAAGAAAAGAAAAAAAAAAGCACCCAAACCAAAAAUUAACCAACCAAACAACCCCCAACAGCCAAGCAUACAUCUCUAUUUUUUUAUUUUGGUCUUUUCGUUGGAUUUUCCCUUCUUUUUUUUUCUCUCCUUUUUUUUUCGGGUUAUCGCUCAGUUUUGAGCGAAGGUUUACAUUUUUUAAAAAUUUGCUUUCCAGCCCGCCUUGAUCUUCUAGCACGAGUUCAUCGUCUCAAAAAAAAAAAAAAAAAAAAAAUCUCUGGCUGGCGUUUUUCUUUCCUUUUUUUUUUUUUUUUUUUCAAUAUUUUCAAGGGGGAGGAGAUUUUCCACAAGAAAAGGUUGUUUUCAUGUUUGGGAUUCAGGAAAGCAUCCAACGGAGUGGAAGCAGCAUGAAGGAAGAGCCGCUGGGCAGCGGCAUGAACGCGGUGCGGACGUGGAUGCAGGGCGCCGGGGUGCUGGACGCCAACACGGCGGCGCAGAGCGGGGUGGGUCUGGCCCGGGCUCACUUUGAGAAGCAGCCGCCUUCCAAUCUGCGGAAAUCCAACUUCUUCCACUUCGUCCUGGCCCUCUACGACAGACAGGGCCAGCCCGUGGAGAUCGAGAGGACAGCCUUUGUGGGGUUCGUGGAGAAGGAAAAAGAAGCCAACAGCGAAAAGACCAAUAACGGGAUUCACUACCGGCUCCAGCUCCUCUACAGCAACGGGAUAAGGACGGAGCAAGAUUUCUACGUGCGCCUCAUUGACUCCAUGACAAAACAAGCCAUAGUGUAUGAAGGCCAAGACAAGAACCCAGAAAUGUGCCGAGUCUUGCUCACACACGAGAUCAUGUGCAGCCGCUGUUGUGACAAGAAGAGCUGUGGCAACCGAAAUGAGACUCCCUCAGAUCCAGUGAUAAUUGACAGGUUCUUCUUGAAAUUUUUCCUCAAAUGUAACCAAAAUUGCCUAAAGAAUGCAGGAAACCCACGUGACAUGCGGAGAUUCCAGGUCGUGGUGUCUACGACAGUCAAUGUGGAUGGCCAUGUCCUGGCAGUCUCUGAUAAUAUGUUUGUCCAUAAUAACUCUAAGCAUGGGCGGAGGGCUCGGAGGCUUGACCCCUCGGAAGGUACGCCCUCUUAUCUGGAACAUGCAGCUACUCCCUGUAUCAAAGCCAUCAGCCCGAGUGAAGGAUGGACGACGGGAGGCGCGACUGUGAUCAUCAUAGGGGACAAUUUCUUUGAUGGGUUACAGGUCAUAUUCGGUACCAUGCUGGUCUGGAGUGAGCUGAUUACUCCUCAUGCCAUCCGUGUGCAGACCCCUCCUCGGCACAUCCCUGGUGUUGUAGAAGUCACAUUGUCCUACAAAUCGAAACAGUUCUGCAAAGGGACACCGGGAAGAUUCAUUUACACAGCACUCAACGAACCCACCAUCGAUUAUGGUUUCCAGAGGUUACAGAAGGUCAUUCCUCGGCACCCUGGCGACCCUGAGCGUUUGCCAAAGGAAGUCAUCCUCAAAAGGGCCGCGGAUCUGGUGGAGGCACUGUAUGGGAUGCCACACAACAACCAGGAAAUUAUUCUGAAGAGAGCAGCGGACAUUGCGGAGGCCCUGUACAGCGUCCCCCGCAACCACAGCCAGCUCCCCGCCCUCACUAACACCUCGGUCCACGCGGGCAUGAUGGGCGUGAACUCCUUCAGCGGACAGCUGGCUGUGAAUGUCUCCGAGGCGUCGCAGGCCACCAAUCAGGGUUUCACCCGCAACUCAAGCAGCGUGUCACCACACGGGUACGUGCCGAGCACCACCCCGCAGCAGACCAACUAUAACUCCGUCAGCACAAGCAUGAACGGAUACGGCACGGCUGCCAUGUCCAAUUUGGGCGGCUCCCCAACUUUCCUCAACGGCUCAGCUGCCAACUCGCCCUAUGCCAUUGUGCCAUCCAGCCCCACCAUGGCCUCCUCCACAAGCCUCCCCUCCAACUGCAGCAGCUCCUCGGGCAUCUUCUCCUUCUCACCAGCCAACAUGGUCUCAGCCGUGAAACAGAAGAGUGCUUUCGCGCCAGUUGUCAGACCCCAGACCUCCCCGCCUCCCACCUGCACCAGCACCAAUGGGAACAGCCUGCAAGCGAUAUCUGGCAUGAUUGUUCCUCCCAUGUGAAAGAAUUGCCUUGAAGAAUUUUAUUAAUGAAGAGGUUGGAUUCUGCUACAGAGAGUAAUCUGAUACAAGUCCCCGAGUGGAACUUUUAACUCAGGCCUUUUUAAGAGGAAUCACGAUAACUGCAGAUUUUUAAACAAACAAUAUCACCGACCUUGCAAAUACUGAAAUUGGAAGGGAUCUGCAAGUGCAGAGUGUUGGUUAAAAGUUGUACCUCCCAAGUAUUUGGGGGAUAUAUUUAUUCUGUGUUGAUAAAAGCAAAUCCACUUUUUCUUUUUCUUUCUUUUUUUUUUUUAAGCUUAACUCUGCAAUCAUUUGUCUUUUAUAAACCGUAAAGCUGUAUACAAGGGACACUAUAAAUAAGACUCCAUGUUUUAAUUUAUGAUGUUUUUAAAGCUGUGUAAAGGGAGAAUGAAGUGGUGAUAUUUACAAAAAAGUCAAAAAAGAAAAAAAAAGAAAAAAAGAAAAAAAAAAGCUUGUAUGGGACAGAAUAGGAAUGCCAGUUAGAUUUUUUAGAAAACUAAGGGUCGGCUUUUGCGCCUUAAAGCAUAUCAAAUGGUAGUUAGCUCAGACAGUGCAUUUUCAAUAUCUAACUUAACAUGCCAUCCCUUAGCAGUGCAAGCUUAUUUAUCUCUUUUGUAUUGUUGUCUUAAGUAACUGUGUAAAUAAAUGCAGCCUGGAAAGUUAAAAAGUGAUGUAAGUGAUCACACUUUUCCCUUCUACUCAAAAAUCCAGUGCCUCUAGACAGAUUGUUAAAACUGCAUAUUUAAACCUGGUAUCAUUCUCUCUUUCACUUGUGUCAACUUCUUCUGAAGCCGAUGGCCUCUCGAGAGCUUGAUGGCAAACAUACUGUGUGAGAAUCUCCUGUGAGACUUCAUGGAACAGGGUCCAGGCACAGAAUUCCACAUUAUGCUCUCCAGUUAUCAAGCCAAAAUCCCACUUUCACGCCGCCAUUUGCAAGUUUAAAGUUUACUCAUCCUAAAUGCUGACUUCAGAACCAAUCCUCCAAAAGCUGACAAAAGCAACAUGGCAGGUGUUACAGAUUUCCCACUUGAGAUAACGCACCUCUCUCGGUGACCCUUACCGUUUGUAACCGAAUAGAUUAGAGCGACAGGUUAAGUGCUUUGGAAUUAAGAGUAAAAGGAAAACUGGGAGAAAGGAGAAGAAGGUUGAGAGCUCCAAAACAUAGCUUUUUGUUCUAUGGAAUUUUUGCUCUCAUCAUCUGGGAAGUGUUCUUAAAAGUAAGAAUAAAUAGCAAAGAUGCAGCAAAGCUCUGAGGAUGCAUUUGCCUGAUAGUUUUUCCUUUGCUGUUGUGUUUUUGUAUGUAGUUAUAAAUACUGUAGAUUUUUUGUGAUUUUUGCCAAAGUCGUUGUUCUAUUUAUACAUUUUAAUGUCUUAAGACAGUUUUUCAAUAUCACAAAAAGAUUUUACUGCAUAUUUUGCAAAGAAAAAAAAGCUCACUACCUUUAGCUUGCACAUACUUGCAAAGUUAAUUAAAAGGCUUUUUGUUUUAAAGGGGAUUUUGUAAAAUAUCCAUAUAAAUAAUGUAUUUAUCUUUGGAAUUUGUACAUUGCUUUCCCCUUCUUCCUUUUCCUCCCACUCCCAGUUUAUUUUAUUGUGUAUGUUUGCUAUGUGAAAAGUGCGUAUUUGGUCACCUACAGUUGUAUUAGCAGUUUCAAUGUGAUUUUUAAACAUUUCAUUUAUAGUUAUUUUUAGUUUUGUUUUAAACCAUGCUUCAAUUUUUUUUAUUUCCACCCAAAAGCCAUUGUCUAUUUUUGUAUUAUUUGUAAGUUAAGAAGUUUUUUCCAAUAUAUGGCAAAAAAAAAAAAUAGUAGCAUAUUAUUCUUGUAGCAUUUAGUUCUGUAGAUUAAAAAAAAAAUGUAUCCUUUGCUUUGGAAGCUUACAAAAAGAAAAAAAAAAACCCUAAUGCUGUUUUACUCUAUUAAUAUGCAUGGAAUCUCUCCCUUUGGAGUGACGCAUUUUGUGCAUUAAAUUUGGGGGAGAAACUUCAUAGAAAUCAAUGAACAUACUUUCUUUCUUAAGUCUGCUUGUAUAUUUCCUCUGUCUUUCACAUAAAUAUAAACCAGCAGAUUGGAUGCCUUAACAAUGCAAAUCAUAUUCAUUUCACUUGUACAUUGUAACUGUGCACCGGAACUGUCAGUCAUCACUAACAUUCUAAGAAAAAAAGAAAAAGAAAAAAGAAAAAAAAAAAAAACAAAGAAAUGGAAAAGCACAAAAGAACUGUUUUGUUACCUUAAGACAAUGUAACUUUUUCUAGUAGAGCAAGAAAUUUACAACAAUGCUGCAACUGUGCAUGCCCCCAUAUGGAUUUUGCAAUGGUUUUCACUAGACUGUCAAGAGUGCGAUUUUUAUGGGUUGGGGCGGGUGCGGGAGGGGAGUCGUGGGAGGGAAGGGAGGGGAGGAAAGCUGAUUUUUCAAGGUGAGAAAUAAUAAUAAUGAUGAUUAAUAAUAAUAAAAAAAACUGGAAAAUGUAAGCAAGGUGGACGCAUUGCUUCUCGGUACUCAGAAAGUUUGUCUGAAUUCGUGUGGUAAGUGCUGGCCUGAAGAUGUAUACAAUUUAAAGCCAUAUUUUGUCUGGUGAGCCCCUUAACUGUUUGUGAAGGAAUGGUCAGCCGGCAAGGUGUCCGGCUCAGACCCUGACAACAAACGCCACCCAUCUGUCAGCCAUGUGUAGUGGUUAGAACUUUUCUGGAAAGUCCAAAGAGCCUUUAAAAUGUGUAUAAUUUGUGUUCUGUCACCUCUAUUUAUAUUGAUUAGAUGAAAAGAUGUUCUGGCCCUCUGACCCUCUUUCUUCUGCACAAAAUUUCUACAAAUAAAAAAUGUUCCCCUAAAUACAGAAUAUGGCUUUAAGAAGAAAAUGAAACAGAGAAUUAAGAUUUCAGUUUUGGGGGAAAAAUACAGCUUCUGGAUGACUGGAUUGCCUGACAUGCCCUGGCCUCACAUUGUACUAGGAUGCAGCUUAACGAAGUCAUCUCUGAAUCUACUAACCUUUCACCUUCUUAUCAAACUUUUUGAAUAGACACACACUGUACAGUUCAAUUGUUAGAGAACCUAACUACUGUAGAGAUUGUUAUAAUUUUUUUUUUUUUUUGCAAAAAUUCAAGCUGUAAAAACUUUUCAACUUUCACAAUAUUUAAUUAAAGUUACUUCCUGUCUGUGA